GGUUAAGUACAUUUUAAAUAUGCAUUUUCAUGCUUUCAUCACAAAGUCAAUGACUCAAAGGGUGAAAAAGAAAGAUGAUAAAGCGUACAAAGGGGAGUAUGAGCCAGUGGGCUAUGAGAAGCAUUGUAAAGGAGAAGCCAUUUCAUGUUUCUGCUCUUCUUUUCUUCCCCUGCACCGAACAAGGAAGCCAAGCCCGACACCUCCACUUGGAAAAAAAAAGUCGAAAUUCCAGAUCUGCUCUACUCUGCUCUUCCUCCCCUGUCCACCAGUGCUACUAGGCACUAAAUUCUGGGCUUUUUUUCGAUUGCCGCCGGCUUCUCCCCCUGCCAGGUCCGGUUCUGCAGUUGGAAAAUUAUGGUUCUCGACUAUUCUACCACCCUAGCACUUGGGUUAAGCCUUCUGUUUUGUGCGAUUGAGGUAAGUAAAUUUAUGGUAAUGCCCGUACAGCUUUUAAAAGCAUGUUUUGACUUGUUUUGACUUGUUUUUGAAGUGGUGGCGGGACUAAACCCGUUUUAUACAAAAGUAAGUAUGACUGACUUGAAGUGAAUUUUUAUGUUUCUCAUUAAAUUGAGCAUGCCUACUUGAAAUUUAAUUGAUUGUCCUGAUGAUCUGAAAGUGAUUGGUGAAUUAUGGUUUUUCUGUUAACUUAUGCUUGUUUUGUCUCCGAUGUGAUCAUGUUAUUAGUGUGCCCGCUAGUGGGAGGUUUAUAAACGCUAGCAUAUGUCAACAUGUUAUUGAUAGAACCGGUUCGUUUGAGUGACCUUGCUAAUGGGAGUUAUACACCAGCAAAUAGUACGCCUGCCAGUGGGUGGUUUAUAACACUGGCCAUGACCUAUAGAGGAGACGUCUAUUUCAUGCCCGUACUCGUAUUUGCUUUUUUGUGAUUAUACUUGUUGGCAUGCUAUAAGUUUAAUUAAAAUCUAUCCAUAUUUACUUACUGAGUUAUCUCAUAGUAUUUCCUUGUCCACCAUUUCAGGAAGCGAGGUCAAGGAUGGGGAAAAACAAGGGGAGUGACGAGUUAGAAGGCUAGCCAUCUUGUAAAUUGAACAUAGAUUUUAGAUAUAAAUCAUGAUCUUGUAAGCUAGAUUUUAAUUGGAGAUUUUUAUAAAUUCAUUUGAUGAAUUGUUAGUUACAAGAGAUUUGACCUUGAGAUUUUGAGUU